GCGCUGCCGCCCGCGCAAACCCGGUUGCAAGCCCCGCUAAACCGCGCGUUGGGAUCAAGCUGAGUGGGUGCUGCUUUCGCGUGACCUCCGCUCGCGGACAGAGUCGCCUACGCUCUCGUGUUCUCUCUGCAGCCCGGACACAUAGUAUGUCCUUUAGGUGUUUCGUCUUCCAGCCAUUUUCUAUGGAAAACCAAGGGGAUCGGGCCAUGAUAGCAGCUGGCAACUUUGAAGAAUGGGACGCCUUUAGAGAAGCUUGAUCUUGGAGGCCUCAUCCUGAGACCUAAGCAAAGCCGGAUUCCGGCAGAGUUCCUUUAUCUCGUCUUGCUGAUUGAAGGUGCCCCCUUCUCCAGUUCUUCAUCUCCUGGGAGAUAGCAGGAAAUCAGAAUCAUGGUUGGGUUCAAGGCCACAGAUGUGCCCCCUACAGCCACCGUGAAGUUCCUGGGGGCUGGCACAGCCGCCUGCAUUGCAGAUCUCAUCACUUUUCCUUUGGAUACUGCCAAAGUCCGGCUGCAGAUUCAAGGAGAAAGUCAGGGGUCAGUGCGUGCUGCAGCCAGUACCCAGUACCGAGGUGUGCUAGGCACCAUCCUCACCAUGGUGCGCACUGAGGGCCCCCGCAGCCUCUACAAUGGGCUGGUGGCCGGUCUGCAACGCCAGAUGAGCUUCGCCUCUGUCCGCAUCGGCCUCUAUGACUCUGUUAAGCAAUUCUACACCAGGGGCUCUGAGCAUGCCAGCAUUGGGAGCCGACUCUUGGCUGGCAGCACCACCGGUGCCCUGGCUGUCGCUGUGGCCCAGCCCACAGAUGUGGUCAAGGUCCGGUUCCAAGCUCAGGCCCGUGCUGGAGCUGGCCGGAGGUACCAAAGCACUAUCUAUGCCUACAAGACCAUCGCCCGAGAAGAAGGGUUCCGGGGACUGUGGAAAGGGACCUCUCCCAACGUUGCUCGUAAUGCCAUUGUCAACUGUGCUGAGCUAGUGACCUAUGACCUUAUCAAGGAUGCCCUCCUGAAGGCCAACCUCAUGACUGAUGACCUCCCUUGCCACUUCACCUCCGCCUUUGGGGCGGGCUUCUGCACCACUGUCAUCGCCUCCCCUGUCGACGUGGUCAAGACGAGAUACAUGAACUCUGCCUUGGGCCAGUACAGCAGCGCUGGGCACUGUGCCCUUACCAUGCUCCAGAAGGAGGGGCCCCGAGCCUUCUACAAAGGGUUCAUGCCCUCUUUUCUCCGCUUGGGCUCCUGGAACGUGGUGAUGUUUGUCACCUAUGAGCAGCUGAAAAGGGCCCUCACGACUGCCUGUGCUUCCCGGGAGGCUCCCUUCUGAGCCUCCCCUGCUGCUGACCUGGCCACCUGGCUUUGGCUUCUCCUCCAGCUGCCCUGCUUCCCUUUCCUCCUUCCCUCCCCCACCUCUUCCUUCUGCUUCUCUUCCCUCCACCUCCCUCCCUGCUCCCGUGUUCCCACCCCGUCCAUUACCUUAUCUCAGGACGCCUGGUUCCAGCUAGGAUCCCAAGCCUUCAGUCCCUUAAGAAGUUCAGCCUGACUCAUUGUCCUCACCCCCAGCCAGCCUGUCACCCAUAAAGCAAGCUCAACCUUGG